ACAGACACAGCCCCCGCUGGCGCAGCCUCUCUGAUUCUCUCUCUCUCUCUCUCUCGCUCCCCGCGUCCAGCGCUGGGCUUUUUCAGACAAGUGCAUCUGCUAACCAGGUCACAUUUCAGCCACGACCCACCCUCCGUCAGUCACUGGAGUCGGACCGCAGGAGGAGGGCUGAGGAGGACCGCAGCGCCUCGCCAGCGGCGCGGUGGAGGGAAGGACAUCAAAUCCUGCAGAAGUCGAGACCCCCCCCCACCCAGAUCCAAGCCCAGACCACGAUGACCGCUCCGGGCUACGGGCGGCUGGUGCUGCCGCUGCUGUUCCUCGCAGUGGUCGCCCUGGCUGAAGGUGACGCCAAGGGGCUCAAGGAGGGCGAGACCCCCGGCAAUUUCAUGGAGGACGAGCAAUGGCUGGCGUCCAUCUCGCAGUACAGCGGCAAGAUUAAGCACUGGAACCGCUUCCGAGACGAAGUCGAAGAUGACUACAUCAAGAGCUGGGAAGACAAUCAGCAAGGAGAUGAAGCCCUGGACACCACCAAGGACCCCUGCCAGAAGGUAAAGUGCAGUCGCCACAAGGUGUGCAUCGCCCAAGGCUACCAGCGGGCCAUGUGCAUCAGCCGCAAGAAGCUAGAGCACAGGAUCAAACAGCCGGCUCUGAAAUUCCAUGGAAACAAAGACUCCGCCUGCAAGCCCUGUCACAUGACCCAGCUUGCUUCCGUCUGUGGCUCUGAUGGACACACCUACAGUUCGGUGUGUAAGCUGGAACAGCAGGCCUGUCUGAGCAGCAAGCAGCUGGCAGUGAGAUGUGAGGGCCCCUGUCCCUGUCCCACGGAGCAGGCUACUACGUCCACGACCGACGGCAAGUCAGAGACCUGCACAGGACAGGACCUGGCCGACCUGGGGGACAGACUCCGGGACUGGUUCCAGCUCCUCCGUGAGAACUCCAAGCAGAAUGGCUCAGCCAGCGGUGCGGCCAACCCUGCAGGGCUGGACAAGAACCUGGGGGCCAGUUGCAAGGACUCCAUCGGCUGGAUGUUCUCCAAGCUGGACACCAGUGGAGACCUCUUCUUGGACCAGACGGAACUGGCGGCCAUCAACCUAGACAAGUACGAGGUCUGCAUCCGCCCUUUCUUCAACUCCUGCGAUACCUACAAAGAUGGCCGCGUCUCUACUGCCGAGUGGUGUUUCUGCUUCUGGAGGGAGAAACCCCCCUGCCUGGCAGAGCUGGAGCGCAUACAGAUCCAGGAGGCAGCCAAGAAGAAGCCAGGUGUCUUCAUCCCGAGCUGUGAUGAGGACGGCUAUUACCGGAAGAUGCAGUGUGACCAGAGCAGUGGUGACUGCUGGUGCGUGGACCAGCUGGGCCUGGAGCUGACCGGCACACGCAUGCACGGGAACCCUGACUGCGAUGACAUCGUGGGCUUCUCAGGGGACUUUGGAAGCGGCGUCGGCUGGGAGGAUGAGGAGGAAAAGGAGACAGAAGAGGCAGGAGAGGAGGCCGAGGAGGAGGAGGGUGAGGCUGGUGAGGCAGACGACGGAGGCUACAUCUGGUAGAUGGCCCUCGAGGGCCUCGGCAGGCCAGGGUGCCGACGGCCGGAGAGACCUGGACGAUGGCAGGCGAACUUAGCAAAUGGAUCCGGAAGUCAGUGUGAAGGACCCUGGCUCCAGCAGGAGGACUGAAGUAGAGAGUGUGGCAUGUGGGACUGGUGUGUGUGUGUGUGUGUGUGUGUGUGUGUGUGUGUGUGUGCGCGUGUGUAUGCCACGUGCAUGUGUCAUGUGCUGACAGAUGUGUCCUUGAUCCAUGCUGCUGCUCCUGGCAGUGAGUCACCCAAAGGCCCCCUUCCUCCUCGUAGUUAUUUUCUUUUCCUUUGUGGUGGGUUUUGCAAAGCGCACGUUCACACACACACACACACACACACACACACACACACACACACACACGUACACACUGACAGGCCAAAAUCAACGAAAUGAGAUGCCCCUGACCCCGUCCCUCCCUGCUCAGUCAGUUCUCCCUCCCCCUGCCCCUUCCUGCCUUUCUUCCUCCAUCUUCUGAGGUCAAAGAGAGGGAGGGCAGGAAGCCGUGAGCUAGGCAUCCUCCCCAAAUCAGGCCGACGCGAUGUGAAAGUCCGGCCAUCGUCUGGCGAGGAUGGGCAGGGCUCUGCACACAGCGAGGCUUACCCUGUUGAUAUCUGAAGGACUAGCUGCAGAUAUGUCCAGCCAUGGCCCUUGGACAGCAUAGGGUUAAAGACGACUAUCAAUGUGGCCCGACACAAGACUAAACCUAUUUAAGACAGGUUUGUUUUAGUAACUCCACCAAAGAGUCCUUGAGCGUCAACUUUGUAGAUGACAAUGCUCUAUUACAAUGUCAAAGGUUGGGUACACCUAAUAGAUUAUCUCAACCUAUUCCCGAGAAACUAGAGAUAGCCCAGGAGGACAGGCAGAGACAGCGAGGAAGGAGAAGGCAAGUCCUUCGAUGCAAGACCUGUUCAGAUUAACCCGGUCAGCCCCUGUUGCCUCAUGGGGCUCUAGGAGGAUUUCGUGGUUAAUGGGGGCUGUCAUCAUGCAUCUGAGCUUUGGUGCAGCCUGUUAGGAGAUCUUUCCGCUGCCGCCUCUGUCCCCCGGAUAGGGUUCCCCUUGUCUAAGGACCAGAGGACCAGAAAGCAGCAUUAUGUGUACCCACCUCCUCCCUGACCCUCUAAGGAAGUGUCCCCUCUUGCCCAGACCAAUAGAAAGACAUGUCCCUGAGAUCCUAUGUGAGGAAGCAGUGGGAAGUUGCCACUUCCUGUACCCCAAGACAGUCUGGGAGGAGAGGCACCAAAGCAACAGUCCUCUCAACCAUGGGGUCCCCAAGAUAGCCCUGGCAGAACUGCACCCCAAACUCCAUUUAAAGCCCCACAGCAUAUAUGAGUAGAGAACGGUGCACCAGAGGGGACCACACUGGGCAGCUGGACUCUGAGGUCAUACCUCACCAUGUCCCCAAAUCUCUAGGCCCAGUGGGAGGUUCUCUUACCCAGAUGCCCUUGGGGGUUUUGUGUGUUUAUUGUUUCCCAUCUCUCCCUCUCAAAGGCAAUUUCUUAAUGUAGUUGAUGAAGAAUUUCUUACCUGGACCUGGGCCUCUGAUACCUUUUGGUACAUGCACGUGUACGUGUGCGUGCGUGCGUGCGUGCGUGUGUGUAUGUGUGUGUGCAUGUGUGUGUGUGUGUGUGAGAGAGAGAGAGAGCACCUGGGCCCACCCUGAUGGCUAGGGAGGGGGGCCCCCUGUGUGCUGGGGUGCUGGGAGGCUGGGCAGCUACUGGGGUUCUUGUGCUGAGGCUUCCAGGACAAGGCUCCCAUCUGGUUCUUCCCCAGCAUCUUGGGGCACCAGCUGGAGGCAUUUGUUGCGUGUUGGUUGGACUUUAGGGAAGAGCCUCAUCAUCCUUCCCAUUCCUUUCUGCCACCCUGGAAUGGCCACCUUCUUUGUCAUCUCCUGGGGGAAAUGCCACUAAGCUCCGUCAAGUGCUUCUCAUUCCACAACACAGUUCUGAUUCUCCAGGUGUCUCCUGAUCCCGUCCCCUCCUCCUCCCUCCCUUCCUCAGGCCUCUGCAACCUUCCUCUGGUCCCUGGUUCAGUCACAUCAGCCCUCUGCAUUCCAGAAGCAGCCAUUCCUCCUCCUUCUCCUCCUCCUCCCCACCCUCCUCCUCUUCAUCCUCCUCCCCAUCCUCCUCCUUCUCCUCCCCAUCUUCCUUCUCCUCCCCCAUCCUUCUUCUCCUCCCGGCCCUCCUCCUCUUCAUCCUCCUCCUCCUUCUCCCCCAUACUUCUACUUCUGCCCCCUCUUCCCCCUCCCCAUCCUUCACUUCCCCUUCUCCUCCCCCCCAUCCUCCUCCUUCACCCCCAUCUCCUGCUCCUCUGGCUGGAGUUACUUGAAAUUUCCCGCGCUCUCGCUAGGCUGGAGUCUGAUUCUUCCUCUGCCCCAGCUGAAUUUCCAGAAUGCUCCUGGGUAGCUGUGAAGGAUUUUAGGCUCUCUGGGAUGGGGGGGGGGGUACAGAGAAAGAAGCACCCUCUACUUCCACUCUGCUCCCCAACCCCCACCCCGGGUGGGGGGGGGGGCUGUGCUCUGUCUGUCCCUGGGUCUUCUGGUUGUGUAUCUGACUUUGUAAAUAUGUUCCGGAGAAAGCAAAAGGGGGUUGAACUUGCCUGUGGCUGGCCAGCAGGGGUCCAGAAGCUUGCACUUCUCUGGAGCCCCCCUACUGCUUUUCACCCCACUGAGACUGAGCCCCACAAAGGUAGGCACCGCAGCUGUUCCUGAUGGGGCUGAAAGUCCCCAAGUGGCUUCAGGCUUCCCCAGGAACAAGGUCACAAGUUAGAUCAUUGUCAGUCCUGUGGGCUCACCCUGGACUAAGUUGCCCGCCCAGCCCCUCCUGGUUCCGUCCAGCUCUCACUCUCUUGGUGUGGGCAGGGGAUUUAGGGCUGUGUUAAAAAGAGUUCGGUCAAAUAACAGGAGAGCCACAUCUCCCAGGGGCCCUGGAACUGCUGGGAACCUCCUUGGCCCCUGGGUGCAGGGAGGAAUGGUGGAGGGUAGGGCAGGGUGGGGUUGGAGGGAGUAAAUGUGCCUUGAGAGAUCACUCAGAGGUCCCAGGAGUCCCGGGAAUGGAGCUUAGCCUGGGGAGCUCUGGAAGGAGGCAAAGUUGAUGAGAGGGACAUGGGACAUCUGGAUUUCCCCCCAGGGUCCCACAGGGGUUGUGACCACACUCGAUGGGUGGGUACAAGUCCUUCCUUACUCCAGCCCCCCUGCUUUGGGUUUGGCACCCAUUUGGCCUUUCUUGAGCUCUGUCUGCUUCUGGCUUCUCUGCUGAGUAGGUGGGUGGGGUCUUUGGGUAUCAUCUCACCAAAGCCUGAGCCCACAGCCCUUGGAGAGAACCGGGGGAACCCAUCUUUGACACCUGGGUCAUAUUGGGCCUUCUGGUCUGCCGUUGUCCCAGGGAAGGACCUAGGGGUGCGAAAGGAGAUUCAAGACAUCCCCCUAACAAGUCCCAGGCAGAGCACCCCGCUUCACCGCCCGCGUCCUACUUAAACCGUCUAAUGUGCAAUAACUGAGCUUAGAGUUAAAAAUUGUGGUCAAGUGCUUGGGUUCCGUCUGUAGAUUUAAGUGCUGACAUUGUAUCUCUCAGUAAUUUUAGAUGUCUUUUAAAAAACUGAACAAGUGUUAGACCUGUGUGUGCGUUGAUGGGCACUCAAGUAUCCCGUGGGUCAUCCCACUCUCUCCCCUUCCUGUGCGCCACAUCCCCUCACGCCCUGCCUAUCCCCACCUGCCUCCACCUGGGGCCCCUCACCUUGCCGUGGUCUUUAUCUGCCUAUUACUCAGCCUAGGGAAACAAGUUCACUCCUACACAUGCAUAAAGGAAAGCAAAUGUUAUUUUUAAGAAAAUGGAAAAUAAAAACUUUAUAAACACCGCC